AUGAUAAGUGAAGCCUUUAGAUACAACUUAAGGUUACUCUAUUACAUUAAAAGGCAAUUAGGAGUUAGUACGGUUACUAAAGAUAAAACCAAAGGACAAAUACUUAUUAGAGAUAGGAAAAAAAUUGCCAAGUUCAUAAUACCUAUCUUCGAUAAAUAUCCUCUUUUAACGAGUAAACAAUUCAACUACGAAAAGUUUAAAAAAGCUUUUUAUAUAUUGGAAGAUAGUAGCUUAUCUAGAGAAGAAAAAGAUAAUCAACUUUUUUACUUAAAAAAUAAAGAAGUUGAUCCUAAUUAUAUUUCUCCUGUAACCUGCCAUGGUUUUGGUUUAACCCAAAAAUUGGAUAGCGUAGUUUUACAAGGAGUACAAAGUCAUAGUGGUCCAAGUGUUGACUUAGCCAUAUUUGCUUUACAUUUAUCAGGUAUUAGUUCACUUCUUGGAGCUAUAAACUUAACUUUUAUUGGGCACCUAUUUCUUUUACGCGUUAACUAUGCAAGCUAUAUAAAUAAAUUUAACCUAUAUGUUUUAAAAGGGGGAUCUAAAACUAAAAGUAGCUUAUCUUUAAAAGCUAAUUAUAGUACCGGUGCAAUUACAAUGGUACUUACAGAUAGGAAUUUUAACACAUCAUUCUUUGAAGCUGCUGGAGGUGGUGAUCCAAUACUUUACCAACAUCUUUUCUCAAGACUAGUUUCACUGAAGGAGAAGGUUCUUUUAUAG